AUGUCGUCCCUAACCCCAAGUCAAGCCUCGUUGAGACUUAGCAGCGAGCUUUUGCAGCAUCCACCUCUUGACCUGGAGAUCAAGAAACAGCAUGAAAGGGCAGUUUGGAGUCUGAGGGCCGCGGCCGACAACCCAAGCGACGAGGCAACAGGCGUCACGCACGCCAUGGGAGUCUUGGCUGGCUAUUUCGAUACCCUGUCUCAUCAUUCGCACGUUUCUCUCCCUCAACUCAGCAACCUCCUGGCCGAGGCUACCCGGGAAGUUCCAUUCUGGCGCCCGUUGUUUGGUCUGCCAGAGAAAGCGACCUCCCAAGAGCACAGCGCCCAGGUCAUCGCCGAAGUUCCCCCUGAUUGCAUCCUCGAGGUCGCACGGCGGAUUGUUGCCCGGCCAUGGCACGAGUCGGAUCGAGAGCAAAUCCGGUCUGCCCUUAGAAUAAUCGCCAAUUGUUGUGCGGACAAUAACAUCAAUCGAAGUGUCAUCAUCCAUAGGGGCGGUGUAGGAUCUAUGAUGAAUCUGGCCAAGGACAAGCGAGAAUGCGACCUGGUGAUCCCAACUCUGUACAAUGUCUGUGUCGACUUUGAUGAACCGGCCGUCGACAACGAAGGAAAGCCCUGGCGCUCGUUACAGCAGAUGAGUACAGGUCAGGGGCCAGACUCUGGACCAGCCCUCAAUGCUGCGGAACAGAAACUCGGCAUGUCUUGGGAUGCAGAUCAUGAUCAUGGACUUACGUCAGUCGAGAUCCUGCUUGGGACGAAGGACUCUGCAAAGAACAGCCUAGAGACGCUAGCUGAUUUGGUAGAGAUGGCAAGCCGCGUUGCUCUAUACGGCAUCCAUCACCUCAUUCCUAGUCUUGCUCUUGCCGAGGACGAGACGGCGGAGUUGCAGGAAACGGCCAGUCUAGCGCUGGUAUAUUCGCUCCUGACACAGGGGACCGAGAUCGCUCAAGAGCCCGACUGCUGCGUCUCCAUCUGUCAAGCUGUUUUGAAUGUUCUCUCUCAGCGAGGCUGCUACGGGGCGUUGAUGGACGUCGAUGGCGGAAUUUGGAAAUUCAUUCAUCUGCCGUACAUUGUGGACGAGGACGAGGACGAGAAUAACGACGAUUACGAUGAUGACGACGACUCGCUGGCGCCGUACAGAAAAGCCGUGCUCAAGAUCGUCUAUGAGAUCUCGACGUUGGACACAUACGGAGACAAAUUUCCACCCGAGUCGACCCUGGUCCGCGACUGCAUCAACGCUCUCGAACAAGAUGGAGGUGGAGGUGGAGGUUCUUGUGAGGACACAUCUCAGGCUCGGAAUUGCAAUCGGCCUCGCACUGCUGGCCCUUGGGCGUGCAUCUGCGUCUUACUGGCCAACGCCAUUACUUCGACGGACCGCGCGGAGCGCCUCGUGAGAUCGAGUUCAAUAGCAUCCGCGGUGAGGAGUCUCGUUGCCCUCUCUACCGAACCAGACGUUCUGCUCCCGGCCAUUGACCUCAGCACUCGGCUCGCACUUUGCCGUGACGGACAAGAUGCAUUACACGAGGCUGGCAUGAUGUCCACCACGCAGAAACUAUUACUGCAGCCUGCGAGGGAGACAGAUGCAGCUGGCAUUGAGAUCCAGCGUCAGACGGUGACUCUGAUCAGGUUGCUGGUCAAGGGGAGAGCAGGAUAUCUGUGCGACCUUUCUUCCAACUCCAGCGUGCAUCAGAACGCCACCACUUCUACAGCACCAAGUAGUCCUGGCGUUCUGGCUGCCGCCAUCACGCUGGUCAAGAACCCUACUACCGACACACGCACCAAGGUCGAAAUCGGAAGACUCUGCAUUGAGGUGGUCAGGACGCUUUUCACUCCGACCCGGCCAGCCACAGCCCUGUCUGUAUCGGAGACAACGAUGAACCCACAAGUAGAAUCCGACCCGGCGCAACAACAUGACCUCGAAGCCACAUUGCUCUCCCUACUACGGCCUGGCCGCUCAGGUACGAGUACCACUACCACUACCACAGUCAGUCCAUCCGACGAGGACUUUACAAUCGCCGACGCAAUCGCCUAUAUCAUCACCCAGCCACAACCACAACCUGGAAGCUCCAACCCAUCUGAAGCUGGACCGAAUCUGGCUGCCGAAGGAGAAGCCUGGUUCGGUCUUGCCCUGCUGUCGAAUCUUGCCAUUGCACGGCCCUGGAUCCUGGCAGCUCUGGGGCGGAACAACAGCCAGGUUCUGGACCGACUGCAUGAUAUUGUGGCGGUACACUCGUCGGCAGGGAGCGAGGAUGAGGAUGAGGAUGAUGACGGGACGAACUUGAAGUCUAAGCACGACAUCCCUGUUGUUACCACUACCACCACCCCAGCUGCCCCAGUACCAGUAUCUGGACGGGACCAUGAGACCAUUCACGACCACGACCAUGACCACGACCACGACCAUGACCACGACCACGACCACGACCACGACCACGACCAUGGUCACGAUCACGAUCAGGAUCACUAUCACGACCACGACCACGACCACGAUCAAGAGUCACGAGAGAUAGUAGUCCAGUCUGCCGAUACUGCCGCAAGGUCCGAGUCCACUGAUUCCGAACAAGUCCAAGUCCAGAGCAGCAAGAAGAGCCUCGACCCGCUGUACCAGAAUAUCCGAGUUCUCGUGCUGAAGAUGAUGCAGUCCCUGCCAUGUUCGACUGUCAUUGCUAGUGCUGGCUCUGGCUCUAUCUCCACCACCACCAUCUCCAGAACACUAGAUCGCUCAGGCUCAGGCUCAGGCUCAGACUCGGAGUCCAGGUCUCUGUCUCUGUCUCGAUCCCAGGACGCCGUGCUACAACGACUGAAAGCCUCGGCGACCGAACUAGGUUUUUGA